CUGCUGCGGGCUGGGCGCGGCUCUCGGCAUGGAGUCCAGCGCCUGCCUGAAGUCGCUGCUCCUGAGCGUGAGCCAGUACAAGGCCGCGCCGUCGGAGGCGAACGCCGCGCACGUCCUGAGGCACUUGGAGGUAAUUUCUGGACAAAAGCUCACAAGACUGUUUACAUCAAAUCAGAUAUUACCAACUGAAUGUUUGAGUUGCCUCGUAGAGCUUCUUGAAGACCCAACUAUAAGUGCUUCACUGAUCUUAAGUAUUAUCAGUUUGCUGUCUCAACUAGCUCUGGACAACGAAACCAAAGACUGUCUUCAGAAUGUAUACAAUUUGAACAGUGUGCUGGCAGGAGUGGUGUGUCGGAGCAGCACUUGCCAUAGCAAUUCAGUGUUUUUACAGUGCAUUCAGCUCCUGCAGAGGUUAACAUAUAAUGUCAAAAUUUUCCAUUCUGGUGCUAAUACAGAUGACUUAAUUACAUUCCUGAUAGAUCAUAUUCAGUCUUCUGAAGAUGAAUUAACAAUGCCUUGUCUGGGAUUAUUGGCAAACCUUUGUCGGCACAAUCUUUCAGUUCAGACCCACAUAAAGACUUUGAAUAAUGUGAAAUCCUUUUACCGAACGCUUAUCAGCUUCCUUGCACAUAGUAGCUUGACUGUGGUUGUGUUUGCACUUUCAAUAUUGUCCAGUUUGACACUAAAUGAAGAGGUUGGAGAAAAGUUAUUCCAUGCUCGAAACAUUCAUCAGACUUUCCAACUAAUAUUUAAUAUUCUCAUAAAUGGUGAUGGUACCCUAACAAGAAAGUAUUCAGUUGAUCUACUUGUGGAUCUCCUUAAGAACCCUAAAAUUGCUGAUUAUCUUACCAGGUAUGAGCACUUUUCUUCAUGUCUGAAUCAAGUAUUAGGUCUUCUUAAUGGGAAAGAUCCUGAUUCUUCAUCAAAGGUUUUAGAAUUACUUCUUGCAUUCUGUUCAGUGACUCAGCUGCGCCACGUCCUCAGUCAGAUGAUACUGGAGCAGUGUCCACCUGGCAGCGCCGUUCCGGGGGCCCGUCCUAAGUGCGCAGAGCCCGCUGUGGCACUGACUCGUUGGCUGAGCCAGCCUCUGGAAGCAUCCGAAAAGUGUUCUGUUUUAGCCUUAGAGCUAUUCAAGGAAAUAUUUGAGGAUAUCAUUGAUACUGGUAACUGUUCCUCAGCUGAUCGUUUUUUGACGCUUCUGCUGCCUACAGUCCUCGAUCAGCUUCAGUACACAGAGCAAAAUCUGGAUGAGCCCUUAAUAAGGAAAAAAUGUGAAAGAAUGGUCAAGGCCAUUGGCGUUUUAUUAACUCUCUGUGGAGAUGACACUCUGAAAAUGCAUGUUGUAAAAAUUCUCACUACCAUAAAGUGUACUACGCUGAUAGAACAACAGUUUACAUAUGGCAAAAUUGACCUGGGAUUUGGAACAAAAGUAGCAGAUUCUGAAUUAUGUAAACUUGCUGCUGAUGUGGUUUUAAAAACUCUUGAUUUGAUGAACAAACUUAAGCAGUUGGUUCCGGGUAUGGAAGUAAGCUUCUACAAAAUCCUUCAGGACCCGCGUUUGAUCACUCCUCUAGCUUUUGCUUUAACAUCUGACAACAGAGAACAAGUGCAGUCUGGAUUGGGAAUAUUAUUGGAAGCUGCUCCACUCCCAGACUUUCCUGCUUUAGUACUUGGGGAAAGUAUAGCAGCAAACAAUGCAUAUAGACAACAAGAAACAGAACAUAUGCCCAGGAAAGUGCCUUUGCACUCAUUAAGUCACAGUUUUCCCACAUCAGUGAAGUGCUUAACUCCCCCCUUGUUGAAGGAUAAAGGCCCUGGAUUGAACAUAGAGGAGCUAAUAGAGAAGCUUCAGUCUGGAGUGAUGGUAAAGGAUCAGAUUAAUGAUGUGAGAAUAUCUGACAUAAUGGAUGUAUAUGAGAUGAAACUAUCCACAUUGGCUUCCAAAGAAAGCCGGUUACAAGAUCUCUUAGAGGCAAAAGCUCUGGCCCUUGCUCAGGCUGAUAGACUGAUUGCUCAGUAUCGCUGUCAGCGAACUCAAGCAGAGACAGAGGCGCGAACACUUGCCAAUAUGCUGAGAGAGGUUGAGAGAAAGAAUGAAGACCUUAGUGUGUUGCUGAAGUCACAGCAGCUUGAGUCAGAACGAGUGCAGAGUGACAUUGAGCGCCUCUUUCAACACAGUAGGAAGUUAGAGUCUGUGGCUAAAGAACAUGAAAUACUGACCAAAUCCUACAUGGAACUUCUUCAGAGAAAUGAAACCAAUGAGAAGAAUAAUAAAGACUUACAGAUUACAUGUGAUUCUCUGAAUAAACAAAUCGAGACAGUAAAAAAGUUGAAUGAGUCACUCAAGCAGCAAAAUGAAAAAACUCUUGCUCAAUUAAUAGAGAAAGAAGAACAGAGAAAAGAAGUCCAGAACCAACUGGUAGACAGAGAGUGUAAAUUAGCAAAUUUGCUUCAAAAUAUAAAAGUACAAGAAGAAAAGAUUAAUGUUUUACAAAAGGAAAAGGAAGAUAACGAAGAAAGCAUUGAUACCCUUAGAAAAGAAUUAAGCAGAACAGAACAGAUAAGAAAAGAGUUGAGCAUUAAGGCUUCCUCAUUAGAGGUUCAGAAGGCCCAGUUAGAAAGUCGUUUGGAAGAGAAAGAAUCCUUGGUGAAACUUCAGCAAGAGGAGUUGAACAAACACUCCAACAUGAUAGCAAUGAUCCACAGUUUAAGUGGUGGAAAAAUAAGUCCAGAAACUGUGAAUCUCAGUAUAUAGAUAUGAAUUUUUGAAAUCUACAAUCUAGUAAUAUGUUCGAUUUAUUUAUAUAUUGGAGGUGGCAGUAAAUGGAGAUGAUUGUUAUCCUAAGACAUGUGAUCACCAUUUGUUUAUCAUACAGUUAUCAAUUUAGUAAAGAUCCUAAUUUGAUGCAUGCCUUA